AUGUCUGUGCUAGUACCUUCGUUCACAGGUAAUAAUAAUAAUCAUCAUCAUCAUCAUACUUAUUUUUCUAAUACAACAAAUCGUCGUAUUAAUAAUGGAAAUCCAUCUCAAACACAACAAAAUCGUUCUAUAGCAAAUCCAUUAAAUGAACAUGAUCAACCAACUGAUCAUGUACCAUUUGGUGUUGUUAAUUCUAUGAAACAACGUUUACUGGAUAAAGUAAAUGAAUCAUAUGUAUUAAAUAACAAUAACAAUAAUAAUAAUAAUAAUAAUAAUACUAAUAAUAAUAAUAAUUCGACAAUAGUACGUCAUUCAUUAUUAAAACAAUCGUCACAUAUAGCUUCGAACGAAAAUCUACUUCAAUCAAAAACAUUCACAUCACCAUUAAAACGUACCACACGUUUAUCGCGUAGUCAGGAUAAUUUAACAAAUCAUAAUAAUUCAAUUAAUUAUUUAUCUGGUCACAGCGUUGCACCUGAACAAUUUACUUCGUAUCUACAAUCAAAACAAGAUGUAAUUAUUGUAGAUACAACAAAGAAUAGUAAUCAAAAUGAUGAUAUUCAUGAUGAUGGAAAAUUACGUGCUUCGCAGAAAACAUUAGCACAUCGGCAAUCAUAUACUGAAUUACAUGUCGAUGAAGCACCUAAACCUGGUACGGUGACCACCGUUAAAAAUAUGUUCGAACGACAAAUCCGUUUAAGUCGUUACGAUGCUGAUAAAAUUAUGAAUGCAUCAGUACCUACGGGUUCUCGUAUGAGUAGUCAAAAUCGUGAUAUUCCGAGUCCGACACGUUCACGUAGUAUAUCACCAAAUGAUAUGGCAUGGCGACAACGACGAACAACUAUACCUGGACCUACGCUCCCAUUAUCAUCAACUACAUUAUCAUUACUUGUUGCAUCAUCCUAUCCUGACCUAGUUAUAUCUCAUACACCACCGGCUGAAACAAAUAAAACUUCCAAUGAACAAGUUCAUAAUGAAAAUCUGUCUGUUAAUAAUCAAACUGUAAAUAAAGAAAAAAAAAUAUCUACUACAAGUCGCCAUACAGUUUCACAUGAAAACAUUCCAUUAAGUGUUAUUGUCGAUGAAUGUUCAGCAAAUCUAUUGAAUAAUUCGCGUCCAAAUCUUUUACUCCCAUCAAAAUUAGUAUCAGAAACAGUUGAUUGUCAACCGUUAGAUUUUAAAAGCCGUUUAGCUUUAUUUAAUCGUACAAAUAUGCAAAAAACAAAUGAAAAUUUGAUGAAUAUAAAAAAACCUUUCUGUCAAAUAAACUCUUCAUCAACAAAUAUUUUAACUAAACCUGUUGUUCAUCAUCAUCAUACACGUACUGUAAAUGAAGAGAAAAAAGAUAAUCAAACAGAUAUUAUUAAUACACCAUUAGCAAUGCCCAUAUCUCGAUCAGUUAUUAAUCUAGCGAAAGCCGUAACAUAUUAUGGUGGAAAUAAAUUAAAUGGAAAUACAAAUUCAUCAUUACCAGAUACAAUAACACCACCACCACCACCACCACCACCACCAUCAUCAUCAUCAUCAGUAUCAUCAUCAUCAUCAUCGCUGGAAAUGAAUAUCAAAGAAGAACAAGGAUCUCUGACGAACUCGCUUGAUUUACUUCAUCCACCUGAUAUUAUUGGUGGAAACAUUAAAUUAGCUAAAUCAUCAAUUUAUUCAGGAGCUAAAAAGAAUACUCGAGUACAAUUUAUUGAUGAUGUUGAUACUUUCGAAUAUCCUUCGUUUGAAGUUGUUAUGGCUGAACAUAUUGAUGAUGGUUCUGAUGAGGAAAAUCAAAUGGAGAUUGUUGAUAAUCUCCAUUGCGUUAGUAAUAAUAGUGAUAAUAAUAAUAAUAAUAAUAAUCAUAAUCAUAAUCAUAAUGUAAUUAAAAAUUAUACACUGGGAAAGAAAAUCAAUAGUAUAGAAGAUGAAUCCAUCGAUAAUAAUAACAAUGUCGAUGAUGUUGAUGAUGAUGAACUUGAACGAUUAGCACGAAUCAAUGCUGAAUUUAAUACAAAUAAUCUCGCUGAAAAGCCACUAAAGCCAAAAGGCACAUUACAUACAUUCCGUCCGACCCAUCUCGAUCAAUAUGAAUUAGGAACUCAACAUGGUUCUGUAACAAUAUCGAAAUCGUCAGAUAUUUUAUCUUCAACAAAUUCCUAUUCAAUACUAGCUCGACAGAAACUAGUGCCAUCUUCAGAUACGCCCGCGAAACCUCUUUCAAAUCAUUCUAUUUUAAAGCAACACAAAUCAGCAUUUGAUUCCGGAAACAAUAUUCAAUGGAGUUCGAUGUCCACAACUACUGAUCUACUUUUUUGA